UGAUUAUGACGCAUAACUCCCACCCUAUUUAGGACGAGUCUUACUGAAAUUCAGAAAUGAAAAGAUUUUUCGAAGAGGCUUCGCAUGCAAGGAUUUAUGCACAACACCGACCUUCGUAUCCCUCAUCGGUCCUGGAAACAGUUCUCAAGUUUUGCAGAGAGAAACCACACUUUGUCCAAGACCUUGCUAUCGACGUAGGUUGUGGAUCAGGUCAAUUCACACAAACACUUGCGCCUCAUUUUAAAGCAGUCAUAGGGACAGAUGUAAGCAAGGCGCAAAUCUUAAACGCACAGAACACUAUUAAAGAGAAUAGUAUAACGUUCGAAGUUCAUGCUGGUGAAGACCUAAGCUUUCAGGCCGAUUCGUCUGUUGACCUGCUAACGUGUGCUCAGGCGUUUCAUUGGCUUGACGCUAAGAUAUUUUAUAGAGAGGCACUGCGAAUUUUAAAACCCAACGGCGUCCUUGCAUUGAUCGGUUAUGGUAAUGCUAUAUUGAAUAGAGACGCUGCAAUGGUACCACAUGAACAGUUUUAUAAUGGUGCACUUCAUGAUUAUUGGGAUCCGCAGCGGAAAUACAUCGAAGAAAAAUACAAAAAUGUAGACCUGCCAUUUCCAUAUAUCAGGGUAGAUACGUUGUGUAUAGAGCGUCACUGGACUGUCUCAGAGUAUGUGGGCUACGUUAGAACCUGGUCAGCUUACCAGAAUUACAUGAAAGAUCACCCAGGCAGUCAGGUCUUGGAAGAUUUACAAAAGAAAUUGGAAGUCAUAUAUGCAGACACUGACAGUGCAUUGGAAGCUACAUGGCCUAUAUUCAUUCUGAUGGGGCAUAAUCCUGCAGACUAACUGCCUCAAUUGUGGGCAUCUCUUCAGCUUUAAUGAAACACCUUAUGAUAUUAUCAAAACGCAAGCACCAUUGAUGCUACAUAUACAGCUUGGACACUACAAUUCAUACACCUUGAUAAAAGAUGAAUCAGGGUGUGAUAAAGAUAAUUAAAUAAUCGUCGAUGUUACCACAGAUUCCGGCCAGGUUGUUUGGAAUAAAAUCAGAAUAAUUUCUUCUUCAUCCAUUAAUAUUGCUAUAUUCUGAUCGGAAUAUGUGCAUAGGGUGUCUCAAAAAUGUACCCCCAAAAUAUAUCAACAGCACAUAUAAACCAAUCAAUAUUUAUAAAGCAUGAACGUUUUCUCCCCUAUACAAAGUUUUUAGUCCAGUGUAGCCUGUUUGAUGCAUUAACCCUUUUUACACUACAUGAUCAAUGUGACCUGCUCAUAUUUCGAUGACAGUUUGCUGCUGCUCUUUUCUGCUACAUUGUUCAUCACAUUUGAUAAUGUUUCAGGUGGAGUAUUUUGAAUUUCUCAUUGGAUUGG